AUGCUCUCUACAACCUCUAACGUACGCAAGCGUGCUUGUCAUUACACAAGAGAGAUCAUCGAAAUACCAAUGCCAUUAUCAGAGCAAAUCAUCUACCUCACUGAAAACUGCUCCGUCGAUAACAAACACCAACCACAGACGUCACAUGAGCAACUCAUCUCACUUUUGACUCAUCCCCUGAUUCGAUCAAUCGUCAACAUGUGUCAAUACACCCACAAUUACGAUGAGCAACCAGUGCCUGUAGUAGAUGUAGGCGACGAAUCCCCGUUCCCCUGGCAUCUGCCAAUAUGCGACGCUCACUGCCAUCCAACGGAUACCAUGGAUUCCAUACAGGAUAUCCCCUCAAUGCGCGCGGCUGCAUUGGCUAUUAUGGCAACCCGGGCACAGGACCAGGAUCUUGUCGCAGAAGUGGCCAACAAGCACUCCAACGAUAACCCCAAGCUGCUCUUCCAAGGCAACUCCGGCCAAAGCAAUACUUGGGUAGUUCCAUCUUUUGGCUGGCACCCCUGGUUUUCACAUCUCCUCUAUGACGACUCGGCCGAUGCUCCGACAUAUCGGCCCACCUCCGGCUCCGAGACCGACAACGCUGCCAAGCAGGCCCACUACAACGCCGUUCUCCAGCCGGAACCUUCAUCGGACUUUGUCGCCUCUCUGCCAACCCCAAUCGCUGUAAGCACGUUUCUAGAGGAAACUGAAUCCCGUCUAUCUGCCAAUCCCUAUGCCUUGGUCGGCGAAAUUGGCGUUGACAAGGCCUUCCGUCUUCCUGAACCAUGGAACCCCUCUGAGCAAGCUGAACGAGAUUCGACUUUGACUCCUGGAGGUCGCGAAGGUCGGCAUCUCAGUCCUCAUCGGGUAAGAAUAGAGCAUCAGCGUGCCAUUCUCGCUGCACAGCUCCGUCUUGCUGGCAAGACUCGCCGAGCUGUUAGCGUACACGGUGUGCAAGCUCAUGGAGUGCUCCAUGACACUCUUGUCGACACAUGGAAGGGUCAUGAGCGCGAAGUGAUAACACGUCGAAAACGGCGUCUUGUUGCCAAGGGGGCUGAGGACUUUUCGGAUGAGGAAGAUGACGAUGACAGCGAGAAGCCAUAUCCUCCACGGAUAUGUCUGCACUCAUUCAGUGCUAGUGUUGAAGUGUUGAAGCAGUACCUCAGCCCAACAAUCCCAGCUCGCAUUUUUGUCUCACUGUCGGUGGCUGUCAACCUUAGCACGGAUGCCAGUUGCACCAAGACUGACGAGGUGCUCCGCGCUCUGCCCGAUGACAGCGUGCUUAUAGAAAGCGAUCUUCACAUAGUAGGUGAGCACAUGGAAAAGGCACUAGAAGACAUGUACCGACAUGUUUGCGAAGUUAAAGGUUGGGAGCUCGAGGAAGGUGUCAAGAAGAUAGCCAUGAAUUACGAGGAGUUCAUCUUUGGACGACGAGAGUAG